CUAUCUGUUGAGUCGUCCCACUCGCUUCAACCGCGUCCACGGCAAGUGGGGGCGACUGUGACGUCGUGGUGCAACGGCUCGCCGCGAAUGCGCCGAGUCCAGAGGUAAAAGCUUGCUUAUGCGCACCGGCCGCGCGCACGCGUUCUUUAGUUCUUAUGCCUAAACCUUAAUUCUUACUGUUUAAUCGUACUCAAUUGUUGUUCUAUAAAAUCAUUAUACGUAUUCACAUGUUAUACAGUCCACUCUUAUUAUUUACUCCACCUGCUGAGCUAUCGUCGCAACAUAUGGUCCUUCUCCCAAGAAAAUUUGAACUGGACAAAGAAGACAAAGGACUUUGGUGAACAUCGACUACGUCAUCGAGUGACUCAGUGAUUAUUAUCAAGUUUCUUCGCUGUGAACAUUGUUACGUCGUGAUAUAUCGGCACGGCUUGAGACUUCUCGGCUGUCUUAGCUGACGUCACCCAACUGACACAAGAAGAAACGGAAUUUGGGCUACUAAUUAUUCGUCAUCAUAACGGACAGCAAAUACACGUCUUCAGAUUGUCGUCGUGCAUUUAGAUAUCUGACAAGAAUACUCCUCGGCGCAGUCAUCACCAGUGGUUUGCACCGGAAAACAGUGAGCUCGUUCCAAUUCCUUAUUUAAUCAUCUCAUCAUCUGUCCGUCAUCAUAAUUACAUUCAUUAUCAUCCAUAUCCCACAUUACAUUCAUUUUUUACCUCAUUAUAAUUAAAGAACAGUGUUACAUUUUUGCAAGUCAUCUCAACAUUAUUUCAUCCCAUUUUACCAUUUAUUUCAACUGUUUCAUCUCUUCAUUCAUUCAUUUCACUAUAAGUUAAUCAUAUCCAUUGCAGUGUCGCUUUAUAUUUCAGCCAAAAUCGAAUAAGUAUUAUUUUGUAACGUUAACAUUACGCAGCGAUUAUCAGUGCACAAACGCCUUGCAUUUUUAAAUAGUAAUACAUAUUCUGCUACAAUCUUGCUCGUGCAUUUUAUCUUGCAACUCGUUGCUAUUAUUUUAUUAGAAGGGUUUAACUUGCUGUUAGUUUAUAUAUUUCCUUAGUGCUUUAUUACAAAGAUCUAUCGCCUUCUCUUAAAAUGUCUGACAUUAAAAGCCUUAUUAAGAAACGUGCUUCAAUUAAAGCAAAGCUUACGCAAUUCUCUUCAUACUUAAACAUUGCUAAGUCAUGUGAACAGUUGAGCGAAGUUCAGAUUGUUGAGGUUGAGUAUAGACUUAAUACUAUCGAAAAUCUAUAUGAUAAAUACGACGUGUUACAGACCGACAUGGAAGAGAUGGUGGACGACCCUAGCGAGCAAUAUGCGGAGCGUGAGGAGUUCGAAAAGCAGUACUACAGCUUGGUGGCUGCAGCACGUCAGCUGAUCAGCAAUGCUCGCAAGCAAGCUUCAGGGAACUCCAUAGCCGAGGUCCAGAACGCUAACGUGAAUAACUUGCAGCGGUUCCGUCGCAUCGAAUGUUUAAAGCAACAUUUCUGGUCACGCUUCUCACAUGAGUACAUUUUGUGGCUCCAACAACGAACCAAAUGGCUCCGAUCGUCAGGGGAACUUACAGAAGGAACCCUUGUCGUCAUUAAGGAUAAAGGCUCACCUCCUCUGUUAUGGCUUUAGGACGGAUCGUUAAGGUGCUUCCUGGUAGAGACGGCAUUGCGCGAGUCGCCGACAUCCGCACACGUAAGGGUGUCAUUCGGCGUGCGUUCAACACAAUUUGCCCGUUACCCGUCGCCACUGCUGUUGAAGACACUUCAACGGGGGGAGUAUGUUGAGUCGUCCCACUCGCUUCAACCGCGUCCACGGCAAGUGGGGGCGACUGUGACGUCGUGGUGCAACGGCUCGCCGCGAAUGCGCCGAGUCCAGAGGUAAAAGCUUGCUUAUGCGCACCGGCCGCGCGCACGCGUUCUUUAGUUCUUAUGCCUAAACCUUAAUUCUUACUGUUUAAUCGUACUCAAUUGUUGUUCUAUAAAAUCAUUAUACGUAUUCACAUGUUAUACA